AUGGCAAAACAUGGAAAAAUUCCAGUUGUUGCAAAGGCUCGUACUAAAAGAAAACAUACGAGAAGAAGAAAGAAGAAAUUUAAGAGGUCUUCUAUGCAGGGAAGAAAAUCUGAAGCUCAAGAUUUGGAACAUCAAGAUUUUGAGCAGCAUGAUAGCACCCUGAUGUCUCAGCAUAACAAUAAACGCAAGGGUAAAGGAAUUGCUCUUCCACAAUCUGAAGAUCUGAUAUUGCAACCUCCAUCAAUGGCUAUUUUAGAAGAAGAUCAUAUGCAAAUACUAAUGAUUCCUACGCCACCGAACAUUGUGCGACGAGAGUUACAUGAUACUGAUUCAGAGCGUACAAUAUCAACUGGUCCAAGCACAAGUAAUAGUCAUAUGGCACAAGUAAUAGUAAUAGCCUUGCAUUAA